AUGAGUGUCUUAUGCUCCCGCUACAAGAACCUCGCUACUGGAGCGAUUCUGUUGGAAAAAGGCAUUGAUGUUCAGGCUGAGCUGCGUAUGAAAAGUGGCAGUCCCGAUGUGCCACCAGCCAAACCUGCUAGACAACCCAUAAGCCAAAAUUCCCCUCUUUCACGAACCGCUAUCAACAGACAGUCUGUCAAUCGUCACAAGGUCGGAAUGCCACAAAAGCUUGACCAUUCUAAUAUCUCACAGGCACAUCGUGAGGAUUCCUAUACACUGAGAUCCCCGCAAUUGCAUCCCACGCCCAUCUCUCAUGGCUCGUCGCCUUCCACCGCUAAGUCCCCCGGCUUCAGCCUGCAAGGCGGCAUGUCCCCGUCUGGUACGGAAAUGCAUCCCCAGCAGCAACAAAAUAUCCCCCAGCUGCACCAGCGCCAACGACCGCCAUUAUUAUCCCCGAUCGGCGGCUAUAACGGCAACGGUAACGGUACGAACGGCCACCACACAAUUUCAGUCCCUCCCUCCGAUCCCGCCACGCCAACGACGGCUGCCCAACCACACACUCCAUCGGGGAGUGUGGUGAACGCGAACGGGAUGGGUUCAGGCUAUUAUCUUUCACCGUUCCAAAGGCAUUAUGACCAAUUAGAACAGGAAUAUGACGCCCAAGCCGACAUGCUCGAUGAACAACAACCCGACCCUGACGGCUCCGGAGAAGGUGCCUCGUACACGCCCGAUUACCACGAGCCGCGACCACUGAGCGCCCGAGCGCAGCCACAGACUCAGACUCAGUUGAGCGAGCAACGGAUUGCUGCUGCCGCCACUGCUGCUACUCAUGUUGCUACUACCACCGUCGACAUGCCAACCCGCGAAGAAACAGAAGCCUUUGUACGGGGCGAUUCGUUCUUCGAUCACUUCGAUCCCAUGCUGGAUGCGGAUCCAUUUGGCCUGACGGCAAGCAUGCACUUCCAGACUCCGUUCAGCUACACCCAGAGCCAUGCACGGCCAUGA